UUAAGUGAUUUUGUGUUGGUGUUGGUGGAAAUUGGCAAGUUAGUUCCGUUCCACAAACUGGUUGUUGCUCGUCUAUCAGCAUACUGAUAUGGUAGAAGCCACUGUGGCUCUGGCUGGACAUUUGUAUCUGGCUGGAGAAAACCUCAAGGGCUUUGCAGACCCCACACCUAACAUUCUUUUUUUUCCGAGAUGGCCUCUAAAAGUGAUGCCUCUUGCCCCGCCACCUGAAUAGCUAGAACCACAGGCGUACACCACUACACCUGGCUACAGACACUGCAUUCUUUAUAGCAUGUAAUAUUUCUGAAGAGUCUGGGUUAUACGCUAUCUAGAGGCUGAUGUAGAGAAAUGUUGAAGGAGUGAUAAGCUGGGAUGGGAUCAUUGCUCGGUAAGUUAAAAUGGCUGAAGCUAGAAGAAAGGGUUUCCCUUCCUUGGCUUCUCUAGUGAAAACUGGUGAAGCUGAGUGGAGUGGAGAAGUAAGGGGACCAGAGACCUCUGAUCAGAGACUUAGACGGAUCCCACCCCUGCAGCUCCAUUCACUUUGGUGCGGGGCUGCAGGCCUUUCCCCCGUGCAGCAGCAGAAGGCGCUCUUGCGCGAUCAUCAGACUGGUUGCGGGAACGUGGCGACGCUCUAGUCGCCCUUCUCUGUGGCACCCCGGCGCUUCGUGGGCCUCUGCGGCGUCGGGGAGAAAACUCCAACUGGGCACGCAGACUCGGGCCAGGGCAUGGCACGGCUCCCUAAGCUCGCAGUCUUUGAUCUGGAUUACACGCUAUGGCCUUUCUGGGUCGAUACGCACGUCGACCCCCCAUUCCACAAGAGCAGUGAUGGAACUGUCCGGGAUAGUCGGGGCCAGAACGUCCGAUUGUACCCAGAGGUGCCAGCGGUCCUAGAACGAUUACAGAACCUUGGGGUGCCUGUGGCAGCCGCUUCCCGGACAGGUGAGAUAGAAGGGGCCAACCAACUACUGGAGCUCUUUGACCUUGUUAGAUAUUUUGCUCAUCAGGAAAUUUAUCCGGGCAGCAAGGUCACACACUUUGAGAGGUUGCAGCAGAAGACUGGGGUUCCUUUCUCCCAGAUGAUUUUCUUUGAUGAUGAGAAGCGAAAUAUUGUAGACGUUGGAAAACUGGGUGUUAUUUGCAUUCACAUCCAGAAUGGAAUGAGUCUUCAAACCCUAACCCAAGGGUUAGAAACAUUUGCAAACUCCCAAGCUGGGCGCUGAGGUCCAGCCCUGUGGAUGAGCCUCGUUUGAGGCCUAAAAUGGAAAGGAAACGGAGAAGGCAUUUUUUCAGGGAAGAAGGAGAAGGGGCCAACCCCUGAAGAAGCAAUACAGAAACUGAAGGAGACUGAGAAGAUAUUGAUUAAGAAACAGGAGUUUCUGGAACAGAAGAUUCAACAGGAGCUGCAAACAGCCAAGAAGCAUGGAAC